GUGUGGCAGAGAGAGAGAGAGAGAGAGAGAGAGUGAAGAGAACGCUCAAAGACCGGCUCUGUCCUCUCUCCGUGGAACGCCGCUAGACCAGCCGCCAAAGAAAGGAGAGAAGGAAGAUCGAAUCCAUUCUUCUUCUGGACCACUCAUACUUUUCAUCUCCCCCUCGUCCUCCACCCUGAUUUGCUUCUUUUUUUCCCCUUCUGGACCUCCAACUUUAGCCUCCAUCUCUUGCUCCAUCCAGCCUCGCUUGUCUCCAUCUCCAACCAUGACCACCUAUUUCCACAACCACGAGUUCUGUUGCGGGCCCCCGCAGGGCUGUGGAUCCGGCAAGGGCAAGGCGAAGCCUGGCCAGGCCAAGGCACAGCCCCAGCCCCAGGCCCACGUUCACCAGAGACUCCUUCAGAACCAGGACCAACUGGUCCAGAUUCACAGGCAGCAGCAGCAGAUCCAGCUACAGCAACAUCAGAUACUACAGCAGCAACUGCACUCUCCGAAUCAUCAACUACAACUGCAUUCUCCAAACCAUCAACUACAUUCUCCGAAUCAUCAACUACAGCUUCACUCUCCAAACCAUCAACUACAGCUUCACUCUCCAAACCAUCAAGGACAUCUUCACUCUCCGAACCAUCAACUACAACAACAUUCUCCAAACCAUCAACUACACUCUCCGAAUCAUCAACUACAACUUCACUCUCCAAACCUUCAACAACAGCUUCACUCUCCAAACCAUCAAGGACAUCUUCACUCUCCGAACCAUCAACUACAACAACAUUCUCCAAACCAUCAACUACACUCUCCAAAUCAUCAACUACAACUACACUCACCGAACCAACAGCAAACCUUGCUGCAAGUAUCUCCGUCCCACCUACAGACUCCGAACCACCCACAGCAGCUCCACUCGCCCAUCCAGCAGCCUCCGUCACCCAACCACCAUCACCAACAGCUCCAGCAGCACCAGCACCUGCUCCAACAGCAGUCAGCAGUUCUACACUACCACCACCAGCAGCAGCAGCAGCACCACUACCACCAUCACCAUCCUCACAGCCAGAUGCAGCACACCCCUCCCCUGAGCCUCCACCCGCUGGCCUCGCCACAGCUCCCCCUGCAGGCUCCCAGGGCCAACUACAGCUCCUGCACUCUGCCGGCGUCCAUGUCCAAGUCCCGGAGCCGGGGGAAGUUCACCAACCUGAGGGACAGCGUGAAGAAGAGCCCCACCAAGAGCAAGGUCAAGGCCAAGGUCGGGGGCAGGUGGGCGGCCCAGAACGCCUGGACCACCCACUCCCUGGAGAAGCCUCCACAGAUGCAGAUCCACGAGAACUUUCACGGAGUCUGCCUCCUCUUUGUGACCCUGCAUUUAAUCAAACUGGCCUUGUGAUUGGUCAAUUGAACGGCUUGUCGCGUCGCGUCUUUAAGAGUCCUGUUUACCUCUAGUGUUCCUCCAAGCCGGGCGUGGGUAAGAGGAUUUGCAUGUUUGCUGUCCAGAGUGCUGUGUGCCAGAAUAAAGCCUGUCAGGGUUGAGGGGCUACGCGCUAAUCCUGCCGACUCUUAUCAAUGGAGAAGCUGAGAGGGCUGUGCAUGUUCCUGCCUGCACACCCUCCCUCUCAUCCUCACAGCCGUAACGUACACACACAGACACACACACAACAGCUGCAACUGUCAGCCAGUCCUGUCACAUCAACAACAUCCAUUCAGAACAUUCAGAUCUGACACCGCAUUCUGUCUCUCUCUCUCUCUUUCUCUCUCUCUUUCUAAAUCCUCCCCCCACUUUCAUUCACGCUGCUCCUCCCCCUCUCCACCCAACAUCCCAACAUCUGUUUGGAUGUUGCUGUUAUUGCGUCAAUGUUGCGUGCUUCCCUGGCGCCUGCCACCCUUCCUAUUAGCGUUCCGAUCUAACCUUUGACCCC